AUGGACAAUGCAAAUCAUUUAGGCACUCCAUUUCGUCCAUGCGAAGAAAAUGAAGAAGUCCUUGGUUUAGAAGUACCAUAUCUAAAUGCAAUUGGAGCUCUUAUGUAUCUUACCAAUUAUACUAGACCUGACAUUUCUUUCGUUGUAAACAUGCUAGCAAGAUUUAGUUCAGCCCCAACACAAAGACAUUGGAAUGGAAUCAAACAUAUUUUUCGAUACCUUCGAGGAACUAGUGAUUUAGGGUUAUUAUACAUAUGCAGGUUAUUGUCUGAUCCUCAUAAAGCUAGAUCUGAAACUGGAUACGUAUUCAUGAAUGGAGGUACUGCAAUUUCUCGGCGUUCUCAAAAGCAAACACUUGUUGCCAUAUCCUCAAAUCAUGCUGAAGUAAUUGCACUAAAUGAAGCUAGUAGAGAAUGUACAUGGUUAAGAUCGAUGACACAACUAGUUUUAACUUCAUGUGGACUUGAAAAGGAUAUAUCUCCAACUUUAAUUUAUGAAGAUAACUCAGCAUGUGUCACUCAAAUGAAACAAGGUUAUAUCGAGAGCGACAGGACAAAACAUAUGUAA